UGAGGACACAAUAAUUGAUUGUAAAAACAAAAUUGAUGGAAACGUUAUUUCAUUUCAGAUCAAAACAAUUCAUCCAUCAUGAACACUACUAGCACAACAGUGAAUAAACCGAGUGAAAGUGAUGGACCAUACUGCGAUACAUUGUGUAUUAUUUUGCUCAUUUGUAUUUUUGGAGGUUUGGGUGGUCUUUUCGGCCUUUGCGUUUUGGUCAUUAUCAUUUUACACUGCUGCGUAUCAACCAAAAUUCAACCAAAAUUUACAAAGAUUGAACUAGAGGACACAGAAAUAUAUUUAGAAUGGACCGACAGCCUAAAUUUUUGUUCAAAGAUUUUUAGAUAUAACAUCGUUUGCAGCCCGACCCAGGGGCAAGUGAAGGAUAAAAAUUGUCGAGAAGAAUUCACAAAGAAAAAAAAUUUCACAUUGGAAAAUCUCGAUCCUAUGGCUAUUUAUCAGAUAAGUUUAUCCCGGAAAUUAUGCUGUUUGAAGAGUUCAGCAACACAAAUAUCUGUAAUCACACGAAAAGCUGGUAUGCUGAAUGAUCAAGGAUAUACUGCAAAUUUAACGGUUAUUGAGGUACAAUGGACUAAACCUGAUUGUAUUUCGAACCCGCAGUUGCAAUACGAAAUCACAUGCAAUAAGGUAAAGAAAGACAGAACCGACAAAACCAUGUAUACCAUAAAGAAUCUUAUUGCUUAUAAAACGUAUAAAAUUGAAGUCGUUGCCAUAAACAAUGGAAAAACAAGUCUUCUCUUUACAGAGGAAAUUUCAGCAACGCCUAUAAAAUUGUGCCUGGAAGAUGUUUGUUAUGGACCAGAAAAUACCAAUGUAAAAUGCAAAAUAAGAUGGACAGUUUCUCACGAACCCGAGCCGUUAAAAAAAUCAGACAAAUUCCUUUUCAAUGUUAUUUGUCGUUUGAAGGAGGUGCAGGUGCAUAAAGAGAAGAAAAUCACAGAUUCAAGCUAUACUAUACCGGAUCUAUAUCCCGAUCGUUCAUAUACUGUAUAUGUUUACGUUAUUUACAAUUCGAUUCAGCUUGAACCACCUUACAAAAUUAAACUUGCACCAUAUAUACCGACUUGGGACUCGGAACCUACGCCAAAGUCAACAGAGAUUGAAUUAAAAUGGAAGAAACCUGAGUAUACUGGCGACCAGCCAUUAGAAUACGAAGUAGUUUGCAAUAGGGAAAUGGUUGCGAAAACCCCCGAGACAUCAUACAAGAUAGAAAACUGCAAGCCUCGUCAAAAAUAUGAUAUUGAGAUAUUUACAAUCAUCAAUAAGAAAAAUGGGAUGAAGAGUCUUCCUUUACAACGGACAAUUAGAACACAGCCUGCUCAACAUGGGGGCAAUCAUCAUCUACCAAAUAAUGCAGUAGAUGCGGUUUAAGCAAGCCCAAACUAAGGAAACCAUUCUCCCAGUGUUUUAAGAUUACAGAUAUCUAACGAUAAUUAAUAAUGACUUGCGACAAAUGAAAUGUAGUUUGUGAUUUUAACCUGCAGAAUGAAGAUGUUUAAACUUAUAUUUGUUGUUAAACUUAUAUGUGUCGUUAUAUUUUUCUGGUCCUUCGGGAUCAUUGAUGCCAGCACUAUUAAGUGUUGAGAAAUGAGUACCUCCUAAACCGGUGCUAGGGGGCGUGGGGGAUGUUGCAUAUAUUAAUUAUCCCUCAUGUACAUACUCAAUCAAACCGAGUCUGCAAUCCUCUUGUAAUUUUGUUGUGAUUAAUAAUUCCGAGGGAUCACUUUGUUUCCAGAUUGUUAUUUAGAUAUUCAUUUAAUUGAUUAUUUUCUAUUUCUUAUUUUUGUAUUUUGAUAUUUUGUUAAAAUCACCAUGACUGUACACCUUUUUCCUUAAUGAUGAUUAAAUCGUAAAUCGCAGUCUUAAUAAAUGCGGUUUACAUUUAAAUUUUUUAUUAUUAUAUUUAUUCAAAUUUUCGGAAAAAAAAUAAAUAUGUAUAAAUGUGUUCUGUUUUAUUCAGAUAUACAAAAUUAUUUCGAGGUGUUAAACAGAGUCGCAAAAAGUUAUUGUUGCCUUACGUUAUUGACAGAAACAUGUUUCGUUAAUUGAAAUACAUAUAUUUAUGAGCAAAUUGGAAUACUAAUUUGAAUUGAUCUUGGUAUUAUUAAGGCAUUAUGGAUGUUAUGCUAAUAAAAGGAUGUAUCAUUUUUUCAUAAUACGAUCAUGAGUUUACUAAUAAAUGUUUUAAAACAUAUACAUGUAGGUGUACACAGUUUUAUCAUAAUAAUGAAAAUUAGCCGGUUCCAAUAAUCAGACAUGAGAAAAGUAUAUGACUGGAUACUUGAGUGCAGGAAUACAUACAAUUCAAUUUGCCUAUCAUUUGAUCAAUUUUGCAUGGUACAACACAUUAUUUGUAAAACAGAAGAUGGGUAAAGAAGUUAGUUUGCACGAAAAGAAUUAUCAAAAGGACUUCUUUAGGCAGUACGUAAUAUAUGAUGUUGUUAUUGAAACUGUUUUUUAAAACAUAAAUGAAUGUCUUGGACUCUUUCUUUCUUUUCUAAGUAAAUGUUCUUCUUUUUUGUCCAUUCUUUCCAUUACUAUGACAUGUGAGCAGUUGCCAUAAGUAACAACAUCAUUAAAUAGUCACUGUUUGUUUUUCUAAUAUUUACGUAUAUCGUGUUUAUUUAUAAUUAUUUAGAAACCGUAACUUCAUCAUUUGUGUGAUUCAAUUUGUAUGACGUAUGUUAUUGUCUUGUAAGUAAUACAGAAUAAAUAUU